CUCAGUAUUGCUAAGCUUCAUGAGACGCUGAGAUGUCCCGUAGCUUGCCAGAGCUUGGUGACGACUGUAAGGGAUUGGCUAAGAACGCUGCUGGGCAACUCAGUGGGUUUUGGGAGUCCAAGAGUGGGGAAGCACAGCGCAUGAAGCGGAAAGAGGUUGAAGCUGGCGAGAGGUAGAAAGCUCAGAAGCUCGGAGGUCGUGCCGCCUCGGACCCCGACUCUUCCUCAAAAACUCCUCUUUGCUCCCCUCUCCACUUGCAUCAUCAUUCAAUCUUCAACUGCUUCCCUAACCUAAACUCGUCCAACAAAAGAACAAAAUUCAUCAAAAUGGUCAAGGCUGUGAGCGUUCUCCGCGGUGACUCUAAGGUCUCCGGCACCGUCAUCUUCGAGCAGGAGUCCGAAUCUGCCCCUACCACCAUCACCUGGGACAUCACCGGUAACGAUCCCAACGCCAAACGAGGAUUCCACAUCCACACCUUCGGUGAUAACACCAACGGAUGCACUUCCGCUGGUCCUCACUUCAACCCUCACAACAAGACCCACGGUGCUCCCUCUGACGAGACCCGUCACGUUGGAGACCUCGGAAACCUGGAGACCGAUGGCCAGGGAAAUGCUAAGGGCUCUGUCACCGACUCUCUUAUCAAGCUGAUUGGCCCGCACAGCAUCAUCGGUCGAACCGUCGUUGUCCACGCCGGCACCGACGAUCUCGGCAAGGGUGAUAACGAGGAGUCCCUCAAGACUGGUAACGCUGGUCCCCGACCUGCUUGCGGUGUCAUCGGAAUCUCCAACUAAGGAAACCAAUAACAUGAACUUUAUUGCUUGGAUCAAGAAGCUGUAAGGUGAUGAACAGUAUGGCGUGGCACGUACUCCACUACCGUACAAUGAGACGCAAAGGAAAAUAGUUAAAUACAAUCAAGCCAAGUACUAUCAGCUAGUGACUUUCGAUGCAGGGUGUCAACUCACAUACACCUUUGUUCAAGUUGAGCGACAUGUUCGUUGAAAUUGCCCACAUGUUGGAUAGUCUAUGUACAUAUGUCGCCAUAAUGAGGGGCUCGAACUUCGAAGACACUUUGAAUCCACUGAGAGAAGUCCAUGGCUCCAUCCUUAAGAUAGUCUCAGACAUACUAUUAUACCAUGCACCACCUAUCUCUAUUAACAAGAAAUUAUCAAUUUGACAUUUUGAUCACAUUGUAAGAGGC